AUGGUCGGUGCGUUCCACCGUCACACUGGCAAGCUAGCCGACAUCCUCACGCGCUUUAAUGCCCAGGAGAAGUUCGGAAUAUAUCUUAUCUAUGGACAUUUCCGGCUGGACGAAGGCAACAUCAUGCUCGGAACUACUCUAACGACCGUUCGUAGGUGCUGGACCAAGCCGACUAGAAUUACAGAGGUCAAGCCUGCUGAGAUCCACGGCCAUAUCUUCAGGCUGGCUCCAAAUGGCGAGAUGCAGGCCUACGAGUAUCAUGAAGGACCUAUUACCAACCUGGAUGGCAUUGAUCUCGCAUUCUUCCGGGAGCUGAUCAAGUACGCUGACGUCAACGACUUGACAAAUGUCCUUGGGCUUCAAGUCCUCUCCAAAGUUCCAGAGAUGUACGAGUUCGACCUCAAAAAUAACGGCACCGUCAUGUUGCACGAGGACCAUAUCAAGACACGGAUGUGA